UGUUUUGGAUUAAAAUGUCUCUCAGCUGUUCACCGGAUUGCAUUAAAAUCUGCUUCUGACAUUCGUGGAUGAAAAAUUUUAGCAACUUUGACAAGCGCCUGGAGAAAGCGUACCUUAAUUUGAAGUGUUUCAGCUCUUUACUUGCCCACAGCGCACAUUCAGCCGCCUCCUGCCUCUCAUCUGAUUAGUGGUCUGUAUGUGUCGGGGAACACUGAAGUUGGCUCGGUAAUAAGCAUUAUAAGGCGGUCUGCCGGAGCCCAGUCUGGCUGUGGGAGGGGUCUGCCAAACCUUUCCCUCUAAUUGACCAGGGAGCAGAAUCAGUCGGGGGAAGCGAGCGGCCACAGACGGAGAGAGAGACGGACGCAUGGGCUCGAUAAAACGGGAAACCCAGCCCAUGCCCAAAUGGCUGAUCUGGAACUGUUUUACUUUGAUCAGCCGGAUCCCAGAGACGUCUCCCUGGUUUUAGAUGAAGAAAGUAUCGGCGACAGCGGUGAAAAGUCACUUCAUCCCGGCGGAGGAGAGUGUUCAGCACCAUGGACAGAGAUCAGGGGAGCUCCGCGUCCGGAGGAGGAAACGGAAACAUCUUUUACUUGCAAACACCAACAUGAUGAAGAUGCUGAUGAUGUCCAGCUGAUAGGUGCGAGUCCAGAAACCUGCAGACUGAGUCGGCGAUCCUCGAGUGAACUGUACGAGGAGGAGGAGGUAAUGGAGGAAGCGGAGGAGGACAUCCCGGAACUUUACUUGCUGUCCGACGACGACCUCUCCUCUGAGGACUCGGGGAAGUCUGUGGAUUACGGCUUCAUCAUCGCCGUGACUUGUCUGGUAACUGGCAUCUCCCUGGUCGCCAUAGCUUACACGGUCCCCAGGGACGUCCGGGUGGACCCGGACACUGUGACCGCCCGGGAGAUGGAGCGUCUAGAGAGGGAGAAAGCCAGAGUGGGAGCCCAUCUGGACCGGUGUGUCAUAGCGGGACUGUGUCUGCUCACCCUCGGGGGCGUGCUGCUGUCCACGCUGCUCAUGAUCUCCAUGUGGAAAGGGGAGAUGAUGAGGAGGAAAGCCUUCGCCUAUUCCAAACACGCAGCAAAGUUGUACGGAUCCAUCAGUUUGAGAGCUGGCUCCAGCCCCACUCGGGAAUCCUGCUCGCAUUUGUCAGUGGCUGACGAGGAUUUAGAAGUGCUCAGCUGAAAUUAUGGACAGGACAAGCGGAAAAGACUCAGAAAGUGCUUAGAAAAUCCUGUCAGAGCUGUCCUAUAAUCGGCAGGUUUAAUGCCUUUUUCAUUUCUAACAGCUAAUGCUAGUAUUUUGGUUAAUAGAUAGACUUCUUUUGAAAGGAUAGGCUUGCAUUUUUUCACGUCUGUUGUAAUACAGUCCUCGCAUAUGGGAGUUAUUGGUUGCUGUUAUUGUCCCUUCAGCUCAUCCAAUCUCAGUACAGAUGAUAGGGGCCACAAUCCACAAUCCUCUUUCUGGGUAGAUGCAGAAAUAUAUAUAUAUAUAUAUAAAUAAGGCUAAAUAUAGUAGUUUGAUUUGGAUGAAUACAGCCCAAAAGAACAGAGCUAUUGAAGAACUCACAGGGCUAUUUGAUAGCAGUAAGUUGCUUUAGGUACGGUGAAGCAUGAAAUACAGUCAGGAAGCCCAGGCUGUGCAACAGAUGCACUGAAUGUGCCAAAACCAAAACACUGCACAGCAGGUUUCUAAAACACUGAAAGCUGGAAAGCUAUAAUGGUGGCUAUCAUUUUCUCAUUUGUGUUUUCAGUUGUGCAGGAAAUACCAAAAAAUAAAUAAGUGGUCACAUCA